AUGGGUGAUCAAAUCGAAUUUUUCAAUCUAAAAAAUGACGAGAAGGUUGUCUCGCCCUGUCUAACUAUUCAUGGUAAACUGAAUAGUAAAGCUUCAAAUGCUAAGAACAUUCAGGUUCAACACCCACAGUUACCUGCCUUAACAUUUCCAAUUAAUGCCCAAUACUUUAAAGCUACAAUAUUAUUAAGUCCAGGUGAAAAUAGGCUGACAUUUAUUACUGACACAAACAUCGUACAAAACAUUACUUGUACUUAUACACCAUUGACUCAAAAUAAACCAAUCCAUUUAUGUUUGAUAGUGGCAAAAGAUUCUCCAUUAAAAUUUGACUCUCCUAAGACUCAGAUUGCAAAAGAAGGUGGUAAUGAUCUGAAUUUAGCAGUCAAAAAGUUACGAAUCGCUGCUAGAUUGAUGCAAGCUUUUACUAACGAACAAAUGAUGCGUAAUGGAUUCGGCAAUCGUACAAUGAAUUUUGUCGAAGAGUUUGCUUACGAUACACAGUUCAAGAAUAAUCAAACAAUGAGAAACACCGUUAAAAUUCAUAUUGUAAAAUCUCAAAGAUCCUUAAAAGAAAUUAGGGAUCCUAAUGUAGCACAACAAAAUAGUAAAGGUAAUAAUACAGGUGCAUUAUUUGGUUGGGCUAUGGAUGCCCUGAGAGAAUACGGUGGACCAUUUGCAACCACGGAGCCUCCAGUACAAGCUGCCUGUAUCUAUCUAGAUGGUCAUUGGGAUGGUAAUAUGAUAUUGGGCCACGCUGCUCUUGGUGGUGGUGACGAUAAUAUUAAAUUAGCAAUUUUUGGUUCUCAUGGUUUGUAUUCUUGGCCAACUUGUAUGGAAGAUAUCGUUCCAUAUUUUUUGGACCCAACCAAGUCGUCGUUAAAUGAGGUUGCUAAUGAUUGUAACGAAUGUGGGUCUCAUUGGGAAUGUCUAACAGUUACUCUUGGUGCCUUUAUGCACGAAGUGGGCCAUUCGUUAGGUUCACCUCAUCAAGAAUCUGGGGUGAUGUUGAGAGAUUAUACAAAAUGGAAUAGAUCAUUCUUAACUCAGGAAGCAUAUUCUAUUAGAACGAAUUCAUACGGUGCCAAACCACCUAUAUUCCCCUCUGAAGAAUGUACUUGGCAUAGACUCGAUAUGCUGAGAUUUUUAUUUCAUCCAGCAUUUACUAGAGAGGUGGAUUACUUUGAUAGGUCAUUUAAUAGACCUUCUAAAAACGGACGGUACUCUGUUCCAAAACCAGCCAUGUAUUUAUUAGGUAAUAACUCCUGUAAGUUUUCCUCCCAAACAGGUAUAUACUUAAUUGAAGUUAUUACUGAAGAUUUAGCUAGAGGUCACCUAGAGUAUUUACCAUUAUCAUUGGGUGGACCAGGGCCUCAAAAGGAAGUUGUCGUGUCAUUAAAAGAACUACAAAAUUUAUUACCAGCAAAUCAUGCGAAAUACAAAGACUCGUUUAAUAUUAGAAUCCUUGCGUGUAACUCUCCUGAUGCUAAUUUUGAUAACUUCCCAAGUUUAUUAAAUGCAUCAAUGAUUCCGAUGGAUAAAUAUGGCUUCCCUUCAAAAGUUCAAGGUAUUAAAUCACAAUUACUCGGUGGUGCCAACCGUGGUAUGGAAAUCGGUAUUCUUGGUUUUGAUAUAACAAAAGUAUUCUCUGUCAGAGUAUAUCAUGGAGGUGCACUUGAUGGUGUACGCUUCUUUUUACAAAACCCAAAGGAAUCCACUUCUCCUCAACCUGUAGAAAAAUCACCUGUGGUUCCACCAAGAACUUACCUUGGUAAGCUAACCAAUAGUUUCAAGUCCUCUCCAACACCACCUGCGAGACCAUCUUCUAAUAGUAAAAGUAUCUUAUUUGGUAAACAAACUAAUAAUUUCUCUGAUGUAACUUUGGAGCCAAAUGAAAUAAUUACUGGGUUUAACGUUAGAUGUGGUGCAUGGAUUGAUGGUAUUCAAUUCAUUACAAAUCAUGGUCGUAUGACAGAAAUGUUUGGUAAUAAAAAUGGGGGUGGACUUGCUGAAUUAAUACCUCCCCAAGGUCAGCAAAUUGUGGGUAUAUACGGUAGGGUCAGCCAGUGGGUAGAUGCCAUUGGUAUUGUGUACGCUAAGGUAUAA